AUGUCCGAACUCUUCGACUCACUCAAUCUGACCACGUCUGCGGGACCAUCCUCGUCGCAGCAAUCCUCGUCACAGCCUUCAACGUCCAAAGUCUUUUGGCACGCAUCACCGUCGCCAGGCGUGCUUCGACAGCUUGCCAACUGGACACCCAGCAAGAGCCAGGACUCGCCGACACUACCGCUAUGCACACAAGCCUUUGUUGGCGAGCUCAAGAAGCUGCCAGGUGCGCUGGAAGCACAAUCACCGCUCGUCGCCAGAGAUUCGGCCAAAAGAAAGAAGCAGCUCGUCGACGCAUCACGAGCUACUAGCAGACACGUUUCUGAUCCCACCGCAAACAGGGUCAAGACCCGCGAGUACAUCAACCUGGAGACGUCAGACAAUGAGGAAGAUGACGAAGAAGAAGCACAGCGACCGAGAAGGCUUUUGCUGGGUGACGUGGGUGAGUCUUCGCCCGAAUCGACAAGGAGGAGAAAGAUGGACGCGGGUCACACAGGCAGGUUUCGACAAUUGUCCUCGCCAUCGCAACACAGCUUCGUAGCCACUCGAUCACCAUUGCCGUUCCUCGACGCCACGGAGAAAGACGCAGCGCACCCUUCUAUUUCAUCGAAUCGAAGACUGGAUCGACGUCCACCACGCAGACGCAAGAAGGAGUCGCUGAUCGCCGGACUCGGCUUCACCGAUGACUCUGGUGGUGCAACAGACUGCAUGAAGCUGUUUGAGAACCUGCAGGCCGCCAUCAAGGGUAUGCAGAAUGCUUCACGACCAAACACCAGCGGAUCGACAGAGUCUGGCUCCGCGCAGCCAGAACAGCGUCAUGGUGUUACAUUCGAUUCGAACAGCAAUGGGACAGCAACCAACGGGGUUAGACUUACGCCCAGGGAAGGCAUCCACCGAACCACAUCGGCGCCAAGCACAUCGAGAGCAGCGCCACAUGCGAAGCAAGAGAUGCGCUCGCAGUCCGCUCAACAGCAGCACGAUUCAACUACACCUAUGGAUGAACCCCUGACUCCAAAUCGUAUCUUCCGCUCGGUUAAGUCCGAUCACGACGUGUUCAGGCCAGCUGAGCAUGCACGCGUCCUGCAAUCUCUUCCCAUCAACCUGCCACCAUCGGAGCCACAAGCCCAAGCAGAUCCUACCAAGCUCGCCGUGGUAUCUCAACACAGUCAAGGGAACAUGAACGCGGAGCGCAGCCUGCGCCAGCCUGUGCCAGCGACGGCCGCCGCGACAUGCGAGUCACCAGCCUCGAAACCGAUACGGGGCAGCUCGACUGCGGCGCAAACCCAUGCAAACAAGACCAGCCACGCGGUGGCCUCGCCAGUCAAGCGAUCGGCGCGCAUCGAAGCGAGGCAGCAAAACACUUCCAGCGCUAAGAAGCUCGGCGUACGUGGUCCCUCUUCACUCUCGAAAUCUGUCUCGCCGCACAACAAGCCUGCCGUUGCAGCGAAUCGCAAAGUCGGCGGCCCUGCAGCAACGAGCGCCUCUCGCCCCCUACCUCUGGGCAUGUCACAAGCGCGUCAACCGGGUUUGCCACGGAACUGCUCGCAGUACGCCCCUACUUCGCAAUCCGUGGCUGCGUCGCAGCAUUCGACGCAUGCAGGUCCGGCGGCUCCGUUUCGGCCACCGGCGAUUGCUGCCAGGGUGGCGAGGAGUGUCCGGACUCCCGUCAGAGGCGGGGCGAGCAAGGCGGGUCAACCAGCGUCGUCGGAUGACAGCUUUGGCGAUGUCGACGACGAUGCGGCAUUCCUGGCUUUGGCGGACGAGCUUGAAUACUGA